AUGUCGAAAGCUCAUCCUUCAGACAAGAAAUCGCACGUAUGCCCGCCUUCCAAUGCUAUACAUCCCUCAGACCGUUGGGAAUCCUUGUUUGUUUACUCUUUCGUUUGUAAAUUCACCAGUCUACGAGGAAAGAUUGAAGGCUUGGAGACACCGAUGGAUUUCGAAACCGCGCUCUUGUCAAAGGAGCCCAAUCCCAUUCUCACCCAACUUCUUGGACAAUUCAUCCUGAAUUUGAAGCCGCAUACGCGUAACUUGAGUAGCACAGAUCAAAUCUCGUCUACUGUGGCGAGCGUCCUCUCUGAAUAUUUCAAAUCCUCGGAGAGAACAAUAUUUUGGGACGAGGAUCUAAGAGCCAACGUGGAUCCUUUUGAAGGAUUGGAUAGUGGUUUCUUUGCCACAGAUUGGGACUUCAAGGAAUGUUCAUUUGUUCUGGUGAAACCCGACGUAUUAGGCUUACAAUGUUCUGUUCAGCUCAAAAUCCUGCGCCAGCUUGUCGAGCUGCAGCUCUCUCAUUCCUCCGACAUCAAGGCCACUAUCGAUCGCGCAUGGGGUGUUGUGCAUAACAAACAUAAGAAGAAAGACGCGGCUACAGCGCCUCCAAGUCCAGAUGACCCCAAAAGUCAAGAACGACUCCAGCUCACUCCCAUCGGACAAGACUCUCACCGUAAACGUUUCUGGAUUGCAGAUGAUUCACCGCGUAUCUAUGUUUCGACGAAUCCAUGGAAAACUACAGCUACCUUCCAAACCAUUUCAUCCACUCGGGAAGAAUACGUGGCGGUUAUCGAAAACCUGAAGGCUACAGCACCCCCCGAGUUGAAGAAGAAACAAAAGAGGUCCAAGCUGGAGCAAGCCCAUCUUGCGUUGAUUGCGACCCUCGAAAACCGGAUUGAAACAAUUGACGCCGAGCUUGUGCGCGUCCAAAAAGUACAGAAGAAAUUGGAGCAGCGACGGCUGCUGCUCGCGCAAGCAGAGAUUCGGGAAACUCGAACGCGGCGAAAAACACAAAAGCCAGAUUACGUAUAUGAAAAUGAUUUUGACAGCGAGGAUGAUGCAGAUGAGUACAGAUACCAAGAGGAGGAAGUGAACGAUGAAGAAUUCGAUGAUGAGGAUUUCUUGAAUUUCCGUGAAGGUACACAUGGGACAAAAAGACGACGGAUUGUAUCCGACGGCCGACGACGUUCGACCCGCACCGCCGUGGUGAAUGGAAACGGGAAACGGGAAGGAUCUUCCGAUUCAUGGAGCUGGCGCGGCGAGCGACGCUCCUCACGGCUUGGCGCCCCUCUUGAUCAUCAAUUUGAUGUAGAACCUCCACAUAAACGCGCUCGUACGGAAGAAAGCACGACAAGCGCAACUUCUCUGGAAGUUCCCAUGACCAACGGCUCUACGUCUCACUUGAAAAUCAAGGUGUCUGGUGCUGCAGCUCUCAAGCCGACCGAAGUUGCUAUGGAAGAGAUCGCGGGAAAGAAACGGUCCAAAUUUUGGGUUUACGCCGUUGAGCCUAUACCUGGGGCGGCAGACCCUGCACCCCCCGAACCUGGAUCAACCAAUGGUGUAACGCCAGCAGGAAAUAAUGGCAAUGGACUGGACGUUAAGAGCCAUGAUUCAACAUCACCAGAAAUACAGGGAGACAGUAUGGACUACGAAAGAAGCCUUUCUCCGUUGAAUUCCGCUUGA